UAACAGCCAAAGAUUCUCUUAUUACCAAAACAGUUCCCAUAACCACCAACAACCAGAAGAAAAAAGGCAUCGUCCCAUGGAUGUUGCAUCUUCAUUGUUCUUUGUAGAUUUUACGAAAGAAAGUGAAUUGAAUUUCUCGAGUUUGUUAACUCCUUCAACCUUUAUUUCAUUCCAAGAUCCUACUCCAUCAAAUACGAUCAUUCAUACUGAAAACCACGGAAGAAGAAGGAUCCGUGAGACGACCGUGACAAAUGAAAUCACAAAAGAAGAUGUUGAGCCCAAGAACAAGAGAGCAAAACAUAGAGAGAUUGAGAGACAAAGAAGGCAAGAAGUCACGUCUCUUUUCAAACACCUAAGAUAUAUAUUGCCAUCUCAAUAUGUUAAGGGUAAGCGUUCUUCAUCAGAUCACGUUCACGAAGCUGUGAACUACAUCAAAGACCUAGAAAAGAAGAUCAAAGAAGUCAGCGAGAAAAGAGACCGAAUCAAGAGAUCUAUUACUCAUCCAUCUUCAGCAGGAUAUUGUCCUAUAAGAUCAUUAGCUUCAUCGUGUUCAUCGCUAUCAUCAUAUUGUUCUUGUGUUGGAGACACACAUAUCGAUGUUAAGGUGAGGACUUGUUUGGUCGGUAUCGAGAUAGUAGCAAGUUGCUGUUUCAGACACGAAUCUCGUCUCUCAAGUGUUCUUCAGCUUCUGGUUCAAGAACAAUGCUUUGAUGUCGUUAGUUGCAUCUCAACUAAACUCCACCUAAGAUUCAUACACACCAUUGUUUGUGAGGUUGAGAAAGGAAUAUAGAUUAACUUCUCAGAGCUUCAAGAAAAGAUAAUCAAAAUGGGGAUAUGGUAAAUAUUUUUUUAGAGAUGUAUUCAAUUAGAAGAAGGGUGUGCGAUAAUAUGCAAACUAUCUGUAUUGAUUUAUGAAUGUCUAAACUCAUAUA